AUGGAGCGCUUAUUCCGAAAUACGCUGCGACACGCCAACCUGCGCAGCAUUGGCCGGCUUGCACUCAAUGGCGCCGGCACUUUCUGCGGCUGCGCGCUGAUCUGGGAGCACCUGAUCACCAUCCAGGCCAGCGCCGGUCCGUCCAUGUACCCGACCUUCAACGUGCGAGGCGACUGGCUUCUGAUCUCGCGGAUGCACCGACACGGAAAGGGAAUUGAGGUCGGCGACGUUGUGCGAUUUGGACAUCCAAACUUCCAGGGCGUUCAUGUUGCGAAGCGGGUCGUUGGGAUGCCUGGGGACUUUGUUUGUCAGGACCAGCAGUUUAGUACGGAGGUUGGGAAGGACCGAAACAUGAUUCAGAUCCCCGAGGGCCAUGUCUUUCUGGCUGGCGACAAUCUUCCCUGGUCGAGAGAUUCGAGAAACUACGGACCGGUUCCUAUGGGUUUAAUCAAUGGAAAGAUUGUUGCAAGGGUAUGGCCGCCGUCGAAGAUGGAGUGGGUGCGUAACCCGUUGCAACCUGUGCAAUUGGAUUAG